GCUCAGUGUGGCCAUCAGCAGUCGAAUCUCAGCAGCAGAGCACCAGGAAUGCGCAACAGAAACCAAGAAUAAAGCGCACGUUUUGUCCUUAAAAUGGCAUCGCAGGUAGAAGGAUUUGUUAAUUCUGUCGUAACACUAUCGACAGAGGGAAACUUUGCCCAGCUGUGCGAGGAGAUUAACAAGAGUUUGGAGCUUCUCAAGAAGAAUGCUUCAAACCUGGACAUGAUCUUAGAAACACUGGACCCACAGCUGCAUUCACUGGGUGUCCUCGCUGUUCUAAAUGUCAAAUUUACCCUGCCACCGGGCUCUGCCCCUGACUUUGAGACCCUCUUCUCUCAGACGCAUCUCUUCUUCAGCAUGUGCAACGGGGAGCAAGUCCGCUUUGCAACAGACAGCUAUGCCACCCUGGCACAUCAGUUCACCCGAGUCCUAAUUGACAAGAAGCAGUAUCUGAGAGGUAUUGAGAUUCUCUGUAAAGCCAUCAGUAAGAUCCAGAUGCACACCGCCCAACUGACAUCCGUCCAUGCCGACCUUUGCCAGUUGUGUCUGUUAGCCAAGUGUAUGAAGCCUGCUCUACCUUUCCUGGACGUGGACAUCACUGACAUCAGCAAAGAGGGUGGUUUGUUUGAUGCAACCCACUUUCUUUGUUACUACUACUAUGGUGGCAUGAUAUAUGCAGCUCUCAAGAAGUGGGGAAGAGCUGUCUACUUCUUUGAAGUGGCGAUAACCACACCCAGUCAAGCAGUCAGCCACAUCAUGCUAGAAGCUUACAAGAAAUACAUUCUAGUCUCGCUGAUCCACCAUGGCAAACUGACCGUGCUUCCCAAGUACACAUCUCUAGUGGUUGGUCGCUUCAUCAAGCCUCUAAGUCAACCCUACCAUGAACUGGCCAAUGCCUACACCACCAACAACCCUCAAGACAUCCGGACGGUCAUCCUCAAACACUCCGAUCAGUUCACAAGGGAACAGAACAUGGGUUUGGUGAAGCAAGUCGAGUCGUCAAUGUUUGCUAAAAACAUUCAGAGGCUUACAAAGACAUUCUUAACUUUGUCAUUGAGUGACAUUGCCAGGAGGGUCCAUCUCAACUCAGCCAAGGAAGCGGAACUUCACGUGCUGUCCAUGAUUGAGGAAGGGCAGAUUUAUGCCAGCAUCAGCAAGAAAGAUGGGAUGGUUAGUUUCCAUGACAACCCUGAGAAGUAUGACAAUCCAUCGUUACUGAAACACUUGGAAGGAGAGAUGCGAGAAUGCAUCAUGUUGGAUGAGAAGUUACGACAGAUGGAGCAGGAGAUAUCUGUCACACCUCAGUUCAUUCAAAAAAGCAUGGGGAUUCGAGAAGAGGAGGACCUGUCGGUGUUUGCCAGCGGAAGCAAGUAGGACCGCUCUGUAACAAAUAAAUAUGCAACAGAGGCUUUGCGAGUCAAAACAAGAACAUUUUACUGACCUGAGAAAGUUGACAAAGAAAGCCGCUAGUAGGCUGAUCCUUGACUUUGUACCUGUGCAAAUGCUUAAGUUUGACGUAGCCUCAUUAUCCGUACACCCUGCAGGUACAUUGUAAUGCUUACAGCUAUUGACAACUAGCCACCAAGCAACCCCUGCCUGGCUUGUCUUGUAAACAUUAACUAGACUUGUCUAACCAUCAUUAAUUGUACUAGGAUUGGCAUAAAUUAGAACCACCUGUCCUUACACAAGGACUCAGUUGUUGAUUUUGACAGCAUGAUCCAUGAUCAUUUAGAAGUUGUGCGACGUUUUCACAAGAAACAGUGCAUAUGUCAAAACACAGAUUUGACAUUCCGUUGCAUGGAGUUGGUGCGCUAACCUUACAUACAUGUACCUAAUGUGGAGUUGUGAACGAAAGAUGUCCACGCGAUACAGGAAGGGAAGAUGUUCUGUGGACUUACCCAUGUCCAAAUGACGUUUCCCCUUCUCUGAAAAAGAAGGUUUCGAGGCAUUUUGGGGU